UGGGGUGUUUGUUUUCAACGACCGCCGGCUAGCUGGUUUGACCUGAGGUGUCCUCCAAGAGCCGUCAUUUGACAGGCAGCCAGGAAUAAAAACCUUAAAACAUGGUUUUCGAGGAGAAGAGGAUCAUGAACGGAGAACCCGAAGAUGAGGAGGAAGAGGAGGAGGAAGAGGAGGAUAUGGUGGACCCUCUUGAAUCCUUGCGCCAGAAGUGUGAGGAGACGGAGCACUGCAUGCACACUCGGGAGCGUUUGGAGAUGUGUGAGACCAGAGUUGGUUCUCGGUCUCAGACAGAGGAGGACUGCACCGAAGAAUUGUUCGACUUCCUCCAUGCUCGGGACCAUUGCGUGUCUCACAAACUGUUCCAUUCUGUCAAAUGAAGUCCCUUCUGGCUGGACCACUCACUGACGUCAUUCUUGAAAAAUCAUAUUACGAGGAGGACGGUGUUUUAAACCCGUCCAUGUGUGUAUCUGCUACAUGUUGUAACUUUAAAUGUAUGUUAUCUAAACAUGUGAAAAAAACGUAUACUAGUGUGAUGUGAUUCAAUAUAUCAAUAAAGUGGCUUAGAAACACUUAAA